UUAUAACACCUUAAUAAACCCUUUAAAAGGGUUUGUGACACGUUGCACUUUCAUAAACCCUUUUUUCGUUUUUUAUUCUACGGAUAUUUUUUACAGUGUUGUCCUUGUGUUCUUGUAUGCUAAAUUUUAUCAUAUUUAUUUAUUUAUUUGAUUUUAGCGAUGUAGUAAAUUAGAACGUUUAUUUACGGAAAAGAUGUCUCGUUUUAUCAACUUUGUUCCAGCAUUACCAAAUGCACAUUCAUCAAUAAUAAUACCCGAAAAUCAUCAUGGACGUCGAAUGGUACAAAGUUAUUCUCGGCUUCGAAGAUUCCGCGCUCGUCGAAAAACUCAUCAUCGAAUGGUUAUACGUUGUAUAUCGAAUAAUGAAUCAACAACUGUUGAAGAAAUUUCGGAUGAAACAACACCAGAAUCAGAAAAUCAACCCAAAGAGAAUGUUGAAAUUCCGCAAGAACAAACUGAAUCGAUACCUUCAAUUGUUGCUCCUAAUCUUGAUGAAAAUCUUGUUUCAAUAACAGUGACAAUUGAAAAAACUCCUGAAUCAAUUGAUGACUUAUCUUCAAUUGAAAAAGUUGAUCAUACAACAACUCUUUCAUUGUCAACAACUAUGAAUACUUGUUCAACGGCUCAACAUUUACUUUUAACAGCGUCUUCACUUGAUGAAACUCAAAGAUCUCAAUUUCGUUUAUUUAUCACUCGUUUUGGGUUUUCAACAAGUCCAACAGUUGACUCAUCGACAACUCAUAUAAUUGUGAAUGAAAACUCUUCUCUUGAUUGUCCAUUAACGGGAAAAAUAAUUCAAGGAAUAGCUCGUCAUUUAUUUAUUGUUUCAAAUGGUUGGCUAAAUGAUUGUUGA